GAGCCGGAAAAAGCCUGAGCAGAAGGGUCAGAAAGGAAAGAAGAGGGUUGCGUAGGUGUGGUUAGUGCUAAAAUGACGACUUUAGUGUUGGAUAAUGGAGCCUACAAUGCCAAAAUCGGUUACAGCCAUGAAAAUGUCUCGGUUAUUCCUAAUUGUCAGUUCAGGUCAAAAACAGCACGUCUUAAAACUUUUACUGCUAACCAGAUAGAUGAAAUAAAAGACCCUUCUGGACUCUUCUAUAUCCUUCCUUUUCAAAAGGGCUACUUGGUGAAUUGGGAUGUUCAAAGACAAGUUUGGGAUUACCUUUUUGGAAAAGAAAUGUAUCAGGUUGAUUUUUUAGAUACUAAUAUUAUUAUCACAGAACCAUAUUUUAACUUCACUUCAAUUCAAGAAUCAAUGAAUGAAAUUCUAUUUGAAGAAUAUCAGUUCCAAGCAGUAUUAAGAGUAAAUGCUGGGGCUCUCAGUGCACAUAGGUAUUUCCGAGAUAAUCCUUCUGAAUUAUGCUGUAUCAUUGUUGAUAGUGGAUAUUCCUUUACACAUAUAGUUCCUUAUUGUAGAAGUAAAAAGAAAAAAGAAGCAAUUAUUCGGAUAAAUGUGGGAGGAAAACUUUUAACCAACCAUCUAAAGGAAAUCAUAUCUUACAGGCAGCUACACGUUAUGGAUGAAACACAUGUGAUUAAUCAAGUGAAAGAAGAUGUAUGCUAUGUGUCUCAGGACUUUUACAGAGACAUGGAUAUUGCAAAGUUGAAAGGAGAAGAAAAUACAGUAAUGAUAGACUAUGUUUUGCCUGACUUCAGUACAAUUAAGAAGGGCUUUUGUAAGCCAAGGGAAGAGAUGGUGUUGAGUGGAAAAUAUAAAUCUGGAGAACAAAUUCUUCGUCUGGCCAAUGAGAGAUUUGCUGUUCCAGAAAUACUCUUUAAUCCUUCUGAUAUAGGCAUCCAAGAAAUGGGAAUUCCAGAAGCUAUUGUCUAUUCAAUUCAAAACUUACUCUUCCCAGGAUUUAGGGAUCGAGUUUAUUCAGAAGUUCGAUGUCUCACUCCCACAGAUUAUGAUGUUUCUGUUGUGCUGCCUGAAAACCCUAUUACUUAUGCCUGGGAAGGUGGAAAAUUGAUAUCAGAAAAUGACGAUUUUGAAGAUAUGGUGGUUACAAGAGAAGAUUAUGAAGAAAACGGACACAGUGUCUGUGAAGAGAAAUUUGAUAUUUAAGAAACAUUUCUGAAUGAAAGCUUUGAUUGGUUGAAACUGAAAAGUUUGUUAUUUUUAAAGGCGCUUUAAGGACCUGUGUUAAUGUUUCAUUGUUGAACAAAGUCUUGAACUUAUGUAAAUAUUUCAAUCUAUGGCUAAUUUUCAAAGAGUCUUAGGUGGGUCAUUGUAGUAAGCUGUAACUCAGCCCAUGUUUUCACUUCAGAGCUAGACUGCCAUAACAAUGUUUAUGCUGUUUCUGAAAAUAUCCUUAGGAGAUGAAAGAGUGAAUGCAGUUGAAUUCUUCAUAGGUGAAAACACAGUCAUAACUGUCUCCCCACUCGGUUUUCAAUAGAAGGUAGUUUUGUGUGACUUUGACUUGGCAUUAGCCAAAAUGUUUACAUAUUUUAGUUCUCUAUUUCUUAGAACUAAACAUUUAAAAGUUGUAAUCUUAUUUAUACAGAAUAAAGAGGACUAAUAUAUGUAUGUAUAAUCAUUUUUUAUUUAAA